AUGGACCAAUCCAGCAGCAGCCAAACCGAUGCCACCUACAUUCCGCUCUCCCAAAGCCCAGAAGAUCUCGAAGAUGAUGCUCCAGAACAGGAACAGAGCUCGUCAUCGUCGUGUUCUAUUAUCACAGAGGUCUGCCUAGUAGUUGCAAUAGCUGCAACUCUGCUGAUCCUUUCCGUGGUGAAUACCGUCUCCCCAACACCUCCCGCCAACAGCAACAUCGUACCAACCUUGAUUCAGCAAAAGUUGCGCAGUGAUACCGGUAGUCAACCAGUACCCGCCGUCACUACUCUUGGCUACAACGACAAUGCCCUACAAGAAAUCUGCGAGGAACAAGUCGUCCGAACGCUCUUUGCUCCUGGACCGGACGGCGACGACAAUACUGAAAUCCCUACUCCCGCUUCCUUUUGUUAUGCCUUUUACCAAAAUGUGCUCAAGGAAACGGAACUCAAGCCACACACCGCCGUGAGCCCCGCCAAGCAAAAGAUUAUCAACGCCAUGGUCAAUAGUGGCGACUGUAUGAAACUGCAGCCUGACGAUCUUGUCUCCAGUUUGGAUGAUCCCGAUGCCUUUGCCAGCGGCUUUUGCAGUCGUCUCAAUCUGGUGGUCGACAGCAGUACUCACGUCAAGGAGAUAGCGGAUGAUGGCAACAAGGAUCUUCGAGGCGUGUGCCAAGCACAAGCCAUUGAAACCUUGGUCCAAGCCGAGGGCGCAUUCACAUCCAAAGCCAUCUUUUGCCCUGCGUUUUACAAACAAGUCAUCAAGACGCUCACCAGCGAAACAUCCGUUUUUAGCCCUGCCGAGGAUGAGCGGUUCUAUCGAGCCCUUGACAGUGGUGCCUGCUUGACCAUGGCAGAGGAAGAUCUGGCAUUGAGUCUGGAGGAUCCAGAUGCCUUUGCGGCAAAUCUCUGCACUGCCGUGCUUGGUCUGUAA